AUGUGCCUUUUUUGGGCCAAGGAUUUACACGGAGAUGCACUCCAUAACGCCACGGCGGGGGUAGACUUGCCACGCACCUGCGAGAAUCGUUUCAGUGGCAGCAAGUGCUGUGGGUGCGGACCCCCGCCGGAGGUACUAGGAAAUCAUGCCAAGGAGCGGUUUCGCAUUGAAACGAACAAAACCUACGGAUACAUCGACCGGAUGUGCUCCCGAGCGACGAAGCCAGACGACCUCAAAAUAUGCUGCCCUAUUUGGGCAGUGGAUUGCAACGAGGACGACUACUACUUCGAGCAUGGGCUUGAGAGAGACUGUGCCCCAAAACCAUGGCAGUGCACGCACUAUGAGUGCAGGGAUGUCUCACGUAAACUCAAGAGCAUGGAGGACGAGUACCAAAAUUUCCGCACCGAUGUAUCUGAUACCUUGGCAGAACGGCUGCGGAAGGAAUCGGAUGCAGGUGUGACUGGCCACGGCAGGGUUUGCAGCUGUGCUUGCGGUGAGCUCGUGGACGAAGAUAAGUUGACUUGCAAAGUAGUGAACUCCUCCUGGUACUGCUCCGACGUCCAGCCGUGUUGUCGUCGCCUCAAGGAGGAUUGCGCGAAGGACAAUCCCUGGCCGCAGGAGGUCAUGGUCAAGACUCAGGAGGCGACGCAAGCACAAGAACUGGAUGCAGCAGAGAAGCACUUCGCAAGUGCCAUGCUCGGGACUCUACGGAAGCUUACGCGCAGAUGCAAAGCGAGUUGCGACACCUUGCGGAAGUCCGAGUGUGUCCAAGAGCUCCAGACUGUGGUGGAGAAGGUAACUUUCGGCAAAGACAUCACAGUGCAGACGAAGUUGGAGGAUGCGCGGUUUCAAAUGCUGCUGGCAUACAACAAGGAACACCCGUCCGAAGCGACUUGGGAACAGACAACCCAGAACGUCUUCGACCAUUUUGAGUACCAGCUUGGAAAAGUCAGGGAAGAGGAGGAGCAGGUGAAGAAUACAUAUAGAAAGACGCACCAGCUGGUCCAGUUGAAGGAGAUGCAGAGGACCACAGCGAUCGCUGAUGAGGGCUGCUGCGCCUGCGAGGCCGCACUGCCGGGCAAGCGGUCGGUCAUGGGCAAAUACCCAACGACCACGACUUUCUGUGCGGCCAACCACUGCUCGCAGUACACGGGCCUAGCAGAAAAGCCUGCCUGCUACCAGGUGCCGGGCAUCUUCUGCGGCGUCAAACCCGAAGCCUGCCCUUCCGAUACGAAUUCCUUCGCCCUGACAUAG